AUGAGCUCAGAGUCCCUCACUUUUCACCGUCUUGGCUGCCACCACCCCAGUCAGCUCGUCCUCCCAGACCUCAGAAGCAAAGACUGCCCUAAGAUACUAGAUACAUUCAAAAAUGCAUUUAUAGCAAAAAAUGCUUGUGACAUUACAAAGGAAGACUAUGAACCCCUCCUUCACUUGGCUGAUCAAACAGUACCCUGCAACAAGACUCUGUUCUGGAGCAAGUCGAAGGAGCUGGCCCAUCAGUUCACCAGGGUACAAAGCGGGCUGUUCACGCUGGAGGACACGCUGCUGGGCUACCUUGGGGACGACCUCACAUGGUGUGGAGACGCGAGAUCUGCUGAAUUGAACCAUCAAUCUUGCCCACACUGGCAUGAAUGCCCCAGCAACCCUGUCUCAGUGUUCUGGAAUGUGAUUUCCCAGAAGUUUGCAGAGUCUGCCUGUGGCGUGGCCCAAGUGAUGCUCAAUGGAUCCCUCAGUGAACCAUUCAGUAAAUACAGCACUUUUGGAAGUGUGGAAGUCUAUAAUUUGGAUCCAAGGAAGGUCCAUACGGUACAAGCGUGGGUGAUGCAUGACGUCGGAGAAACUUCCAGUAACUCAUGCUCAAGUGUCUCCAUUAAUGAGCUGAAGUUGAUUGUGAGUAAAAGGAACAUGACAUUCACCUGCCAGAAUAACUACAGGCCUGCCAGGCUUGUUCAAUGUGUGAAGCACCCUGAACACUCGUCUUGUGCAUCUAACAUCUGAGCCACAGUUGUGUUAGAUCUUGGGCACCUUGUGGUGUGAAGGACUCAACAACGCCCCAGUGAAGAGCUGUGAUCUGGGGGAGCAUUCUCAGCCAGGAGGUCUGCUCCAGAGAUGGAGACUUUGACCUUAGAAAUAUGAAGAUAACUUAUGCUGUCAGCGUAGCCUUUCAUGGGUUCUACUAAUUAAUAUUCAACACAAAUUGUGUAAAGUUAGAAUGAAAAUUUUAUAUUAAGUUAUUUAAAAUAGUUUUAUGUUUUGCUUUUGCUUAUAUAUUGAUAAAUUUGGGGGCCAGUCCUAGGGAUUAAGCCACUAUCUCCUGUGACUAUACCACGGAGCUUUAUUUUUUAGAAUUAUAAAAAUGUCUUUUACUUUCUUUGAAUAUCUUUAUUCAGUUUCUUGAGACAGAAGCUCAGGUCACUGGUUUUUGAGCCUCUUUUCUUUUUUUUUGUUCAGGGUCUCACCACACAGCUCAGACUCGUAGUGAUCCUGCUGAUGUGUGC